UAUCAUUAAGGACUUGAUUCCAUUAUAAGAUACUACUACUGAGUCGGUUUGUCUGACACGUCCAACAAAGCUACUUAGCUCUCACCAGCGCUGUAAUCUGUCGGGUGCACACUCUACAGAGGUAAUCUCAGGUGACCAGGUCAGGAGAGAGGGCUUGAAAGAAAGAAAAGCAGAUUAUCGUAGAAAAUGCUGAAUGAGCAGUUUCCUUGCAGCCAUGCGUUGGAAGUUAAUACUUGUUACAGCAUCACACGCGUCUCCUUGAAAGGUUUCCAAUGCUAAAGUAUCUCUAUGACGUCAGAUGCCCAGUGUUUGUGAUACUGCAGGAAAAGGAAUGAUAUUUUAAACAUUUUUUUAAACUUCUUUUAGUAGAAACUACUAAGUUAGGUCAGGAGUUGCUCUCUCCAUGUUGGAGACAGAGGAAAGGAGCUGCAGCCUGGAAGUUUUCCUCGGUAGAUGCCUCUCAGAUGUUCCAUGUGCUGUUGUUGUUGUAAGGCACAAAAAGCGAGCAGGAUGGAGGUGUCCUGCCUGGAGCUGGCGUUGGAGGGCGAGCGGCUCUGUAAGGUGGGCGACUACAGAGCAGGCGUCUCCUUCUUUGAAGCUGCCAUCCAGGUGGGCACGGAGGACCUGCAGGUACUCAGUGCCAUCUACAGCCAGCUGGGCAAUGCCUACUUCCACCUGCAUGACUAUGCCAAGGCCCUGGAGUUCCACCGGCAUGACCUCACCUUGACCAGGACGAUUGGUGACCUGCUCGGAGAGGCCAAAGCCAGUGGAAACCUUGGCAACACAUUAAAGGUGCUGGGGCGGUUCGACGAGGCUGUGGUUUGCUGUCAGAGGCACUUGGACAUAGCACGAGACAUCAGUGACAAGGUGGGUCAGGCGCGAGCUCUGUAUAACUUCGGGAAUGUGUACCAUGCCAAAGGCAAAAGUAUCUGCUGGAGUGGAGCUGAGCCCGGAGAUUUCCCAGAGGAGGUGAUGAUGGCUCUGAGGAAGGCAGCCGAGUACUAUGAGGCGAACUUGGCGAUAGUGAAGGAGCUCGGGGAUCGCGCCGCUCAGGGUCGAACCUACGGGAACCUCGGCAACACACACUACUUGUUGGGAAACUUUCGCAGGGCUGUAGCUUCUCACGAGCAGCGAUUGCUCAUAGCAAAGGAAUUUGGCGACCGCUCGGCAGAGAGACGGGCUUACUGCAACCUGGGGAACGCCUAUAUCUUUUUGGGGGAGUUUGAAGUGGCAGCUGAGCAUUACAAGAGGACGCUGCAGCUGGCGAGGCAGCUGAAGGAUCGAGCCGUGGAGGCCCAGGCCUGCUACAGUCUGGGCAACACCUACACGCUUCUCCAGGAUUAUGAGAGAGCCAUAGACUACCACCUCAAGCACUUAAUCAUAGCCCAGGACCUCAAUGACAGGAUUGGGGAGGGUCGUGCAUGCUGGAGUCUUGGAAAUGCUCACACUGCACUGGGGAACCAUGACCAAGCAAUGCACUUUGCUGAGAAACACCUGGAGAUCUGCAAAGAGACUGGAGACAGGAGCGGGGAGCUGACGGCUCGUAUGAACGUUUCUGAUCUCCAGACGGUUCUGGGUCUGAGUUACAGCACCAAUAACUCCACUCUGUCAGACAACAAGGAGAUCGACUACAAUCAGCACGGAGCGAGGCCCAGGAUGAGCAGACGACACAGCAUGGAGAACCUGGAGCUGAUGAAGCUCACUCCAGACAAGAUGAAUGGUCAGAAGUGGAACAGUGACAUCCUGACCAAACAGUCCAAACCGUCGCUGGCUAAGACCUCCUCCAAGCUGUUCUUUGUCAACCGUCUGCGUGGGAAGAAGUACAAGACUGGCGGCUCCACUAAGGUCCUCCAGGACACCAGCAACACGCUGGACACCAGCCAGACGCCAGCUCAGGGACCACAGAAGCGACUCAGCCCCGACAUGCUCGGAGACGAGGGCUUCUUUGACCUGCUGAGCCGCUUCCAGAGCAACCGUAUGGACGACCAGCGCUGUUCGAUACAGGAUAAGGGCAGCAGGUUAUCAUUAAACAGUGGUCCAGAGUCGCCACCCAGAGCUAUCAGGAAAUCUGUAUCGGAGUCAGCCAAUGUCUCGGGCGCCCAGGGUCGGCGGUUAGAGGAGUCGUCAACAGCAGCCGGAGGAAGCCUGCCCGGCCUCAGGCUCAAUCAGCACAGCAGCCAGGCCGUGCUCAGCCACCUGAUGGCCAACGCUGACAGCGCUGAGCCUGACGACGACUUCUUCGAUAUGCUUGUCAAGUGCCAGGGGUCCCGCUUGGAUGACCAGCGCUGUGCUCCUCCUCCUCCACCCGUCAGAGGGCCGACCGUCCCAGACGAGGACUUCUUCAGCCUCAUCAUGCGCUCUCAGGCCAAACGAAUGGACGAGCAACGCGUCACCCUGCCUUCUGCUGCAAACGCUGCAGCCAGGCCCGGCUCCAACUGAACGAAGCACCAAAGGGACAGUUUUUGUUUUUUUAAAAUCUCAUGAAGGUGUGGACUGCGUUGUGACUGACCAGUGGGGUGGUCAGUCGAGAUGAAAGCCUUGUGUCUCCAAGCAUUUGUCCUUUUGGACUCAACAAAGCACUGUCAGCAGUAUAUGUAGUGUACAGUAUGAAAAAAAAUAAUCUCAAAUUAACUAACAAGGACUUUGUAUCGCACAACUUGCACAACACCAACAAACUCUCAGUAGUAUCAGGGAUCAAGUGUUUCAAUUUUUUUAUCCUUGUUUGUCAUGAUUCUGUACUCCAACAACUUUCAUUUCACCGUAUGUGUAUUUUUCAAUACACGACUGCAGUUACGUUUGUAUUUAUUGUGCUUUUUAUGAUUGUUUUGAUUGUUAACUGCCGUCCCAGCACGUUGAAGUGAUGUGGUUCUACUCACAGUGUGGACACAGAGGUACAGCUGUCUUUCCAUGUGUUUGGUUUAUAUUCAAGGGAUUUUUUUUAAAUCUAGUUUGAAAAAAUUGUAUUUUAAACUGAUAAAAGAAUGAAUUUAACCCGUGUACAGCCCUUAAACUCUUUUGUACAUAAUAUUUCAGGGAGGUCAGAUCAAUAAAUCCUCACUCAUGUA